AUGGCAGAAACGACAGAGGCACCAAAAGAGAAAGGGAAAAAUAAGGCGCAUCGCAAAGACAAACCAUGGGAUACAGAUGAUAUUGACCAUUGGAAAAUCGAACCCUUCAAACCAGAAGACAACAAGGGUGGAACAUUCGCUGAAGAGUCCUCAUUUGCAACGCUUUUCCCAAAGUAUCGUGAAAAGUAUCUGCGAGAAGUAUGGAGUGCGGUCACCAAGGCUCUGGAAGUUCAUGGAGUGGCGUGUACAUUGGAUCUGGUCCACGGUUCUAUGUCUGUACGGACAACGAGGAAGACCUAUGACCCGUAUAUUAUCCUCAAAGCUCGCGAUAUGAUCAAACUCAUGGCCCGUGGUGUUGCUCUGAACCAGGCGGUGAAAAUCCUUCAAGACGACAUGGCCUGCGAUAUUAUCAAGAUUGGGAACCUCGUACGGAAUAAGGAGCGCUUUGUUAAGCGGAGACAACGUAUCAUUGGACCUGACGGGAGCACGCUGAAGGCCAUCGAGCUGCUCACCAACUGCUACGUCCUGGUCCAGGGAAGCACAGUGAGCGUGAUGGGUCCCUUUAAAUCUCUAAAAGAAGUGCGGAGAAUAGUUCUCGAUUGCAUGAAAAACAUCCACCCUAUUUAUCGAAUCAAAGAACUCAUGAUCCGUCGUGAACUCGCCAAAGAUCCAAAACUUGCAACCGAGUCCUGGGACCGCUUCCUGCCUCAAUUCCGCAAGCGCCACCUCAAAACGUCAGAAAAGACGGCCAAAAAGAACGAAAAGCUCAAGGAGAAGGAGGAGGCCAGAAAGGCCGCCGGGCUGGAUCCUGCAGAGGCAAGCAAGACGGAGAAGAAGAAGAAAGUCUACACUCCAUUCCCUCCUCCGCAGCUUCCCAGAAAGGUCGAUCUACAAUUGGAGUCCGGAGAGUACUUCCUCAAGGCGUCCGAGAAGGCCGCGAAGGAGGCGGAGAAACGGAAACAAAAGCAAAUGGAAGUCACGGAACAACGCAAGGCCGAACGUGCAGAGGCAUUUGUCGCCCCCGCCGAGCAGGCUGCACCGACUGUCGAGGAAAAGAAGAAGAGGAAACGCGCAGCGGCCGAGAUGGAGAAAGAGAUGGAUGCAGAGGAGGUCGAAGGCUCCGAGAAGAAAAAGAAACGCAAAAAGGAGAAGGAGAAGCGGCGGAAGGAAGAUUCCUAA